AUUUGGUUGGCUUGUGGGGUCGGUUUUGGGCUGGUUGGUGUCAGAGGGAAAUCUACUGACCAACAGUAAAGACCAUGGCUAUUGAACCGACCCUUGCGGCUUUGGCCAAGAAGACGAACUGCGAAAAGCAAAUCUGCCGCGUGUGCUACGCGCGCCUCCCCCCUCGCGCGUCCAACUGCCGCAAGAAGAAGUGCGGUCACUCCAACCAAUUGCGCAUCAAGAAGAAGAUCAAAUAGACUCGUGUGUCCGAACUAUUCGAUGCACUUCCAGUGUGCGUUGGCAUCAGCAGUGUGUGGUUCGCGGCGCGUUGGCCGAGACGGCGUCUAUGUAUUCUAACCCGCUGCUCGCGUGUAGCAAUAUAAAACGACUCUUGAAUAAACACGGGAACCACCCUGAGUCUCUUCCCUCAACCCCGUCCUUCACGCAGCA